AUGCGAUCAGCAUUAGAACAUCCAACAUUUUCAACAUCCCGAGGGGACUACAGAGACUUUGGGAAAGACAUUCUCAUGGAAAUGCAGUUUUUGAAAGAAGAUCCGAAGUACAGUGCCAUGUUAGCAUAUCUAGACUCUUCAUCUGGGAUAAGACCAAUUAUUUCCAAAUUACCGUACGGUCUACGGGAGAAGUGGACGAGUCGAGCAGUGAAGUAUAAGAAAGAACAUGAUGCUGUAUUUCCACCAUUUGAAGUGUUUGUGGACUUUAUAAAGGACAUAAGUAAGGUAAAAAACGACCCUGGAUUCAACUAUGAACAAGACGCAAACAGCACUGACAGGUUUCCUGCUCCGAAACAGACAAGUUACACAAAAAACAGAGUCAAUGUGAGAAAGACUGGUGUCGAUAUGACUGUUCCACUUGAAAACUGUAUCAUCCAUAAAACCAAACACUCUCUCGAUGACUGCAGAGGUUUCCGUUCCAAGUCGUUGGAGGAAAGGAAAAGACUUUUGAAACUGAACAACCUAUGUUUCAAAUGCUGUGCAUCCAACACUCAUAAAAGUCGUGACUGCAGUGCAAGUAUUUCAUGUAAAGAAUGUGGGAGCAAGUAUCACACUACAGCGCUUCAUAUCAACAGGAACGACUACGCAGCAACAGCAGAUGAUAACACAAUUCAGCAAGCAACGAACUCGGAGACAAGGAGCCAUGCUCAAUACUCAUCCUCAAAGGAGAAUGGCGGGGAGCCUAGUAGCAAGUUCAAACCUGUUCCUGAGGUUAGUUCAAGCUGUACCGAGAUAUGCAGAGAGCCUUAUAGUGGGAAAUCUUGUGCAAAGAUUUUACCAGUGACUGUGUUUCAUCGUGACAAUCCAAACAAACAAGUGAAAUUGUAUGCAGUGAUUGAUGAUCAGAGCAACCGCUCUCUAGCAGCACCCGACUUCUUUGAGUUCUUUGGUGUGAUGGACAAGCCACAAAAUUACACCAUAUCAACAUGUUCCGGCAAAAUGGUUACUUCUGGAAGAAGAGGAAAUGGUUUCAUUGUGAGAUCUAUGGAAGGCGAUGUGGACUUUGAACUCCCUACCCUGCUUGAGUGCGACCACAUACCCAACAAUAGAGAGGAGAUACCUACACCAGAAGUCACCGUACAUCACUCGCACCUCUUGGAUAUAACCAAGCAUAUCCAACCUCUGGACGACAAUUGCCAUAUCCUCCUGCUGAUAGGACGGGACCUUAUUGAGGCUCAUCACGUCCUACACCAAAUUUUUGGACCACCAAAAGCUCCGUAUGCACAGCAACUCAGACUGGGAUGGUUUGUUAUUGGAGAGACCUGCCUCAACAUGGUACAUGCCUCACGAGACCUUAAUGUAAAGAAAACAUUCCUUUUAUCGACCGGUCAACCCACAUUGUUAAAACCAUGCAGCAACAAGUUUGACAUAAGAGAGACAGUAGAUCAGUCUAUGUUGGAGGAUUCAAAGCUGUUCAUUAGAACGAAGGACGAUGACAAAAUAGGCAUGUCAAUUGAAGAUAAGAUGUUUAUGAAGCAGAUGGAUAGCGAAUUCCUCAGAGACCACACAGGGAGUUGGAUGGCACCUCUGCCUUUUCGUGAGAAGAGACAGCCCUUACCAAACAAUAGGGAGCAAGCAGUUCAGCGUGCUAAGUUACUCGAUGUCAGCCUGAGAAAGAACAAAUUGAAGAAGGAACACUUCCUUACAUUCAUGGGAAAGAUCCUUGACAAUAAUCAUGCGGAAGUUGCCCCAGAAUUGUCUGAUGGAGAAGAAUGCUGGUACCUGCCACUGUUUGGUGUCUACCACCCCAAAAAACCGGAUCAGAUUCGGGGAGUGUUUGAUUCGUCUGCCAAAUUUAAGGGAGUUUCUUUGAAUGACGUUCUACUUUCUGGACCCGACCUAUCAAACAGCCUGCUUGGUGUACUCAUACGAUUUCGGAAGGAGAUGGUAGCCGUCACUGCUGAUGUGCAGCACAUGUUCCACUGCUUUUUGGUCAGAGAGGAUCAUCGUAACUUUCUACGAUUCCUAUGGCACAAGGAUAAUGACCUUGAGAAGGAGAUUAUUGAAUACAGAAUGAGAGUUCAUGUAUUUGGCAACAGCCCUUCGCCAGCUGUAGCAACCCUAGGACUCAGGAAAGCAGCUGAAACAGCAGAAACAAAGUAUGGAGACCAUGUUACCAAGUUUGUGCGAGACAACUUUUACGUGGAUGAUGGGUUACACUACUGGCUCUAA